UCGGUCGCGCGCGCUCGUUCCGAACGCUCGUGUCUACGGCUACACCUCGCAUCAGCCCGCGCAGCCUCCCGUGAGUUCAACUGCAACGCCGCCCUCACCACCAGCUCGAUACCAAUAGAAUCUUGUCAAGGAGAGUGGAUCAGUCAGAGCAGUAGAAAUAAUAUAGCAGAAUGAGGUCAACAUUGUACAUCGCGGCGAUAUGCGCGGCCCUCGUGGUAGUUCAUGGGGCGCCAGCGGCCAGCCCCGACCCCGAGCCGGCACCUGCGCCCGUGCCCGCCGGAGACGACAAACCAGAGAUCAUCGAAAUCAUAGCUCCCGCCGCAAGCGCACAGGAGACGUUAGCUACGUUGAAUCUCGGCGCCCCGGGGUCCGAGCUCAGCGAAAGGAACAAGCGUACUAUCGGCAUACUCCGACAGUUGUUCCCCUCCCUCACACAGAUAAUCGAACAGAAAGUACAGCAGAUUACAAGCAUGGUGCUGCAGACGCUUGGGCCAGUAGUUCUAAGGGCAUUCCUUGGCAACCGCAACGGUGGUGGCAACAACGGCGGCGGCGGCGGUACCGUCGAGCUCGCCGACGACGAUGAUGACGACGAAGACGAUGAUGAGGACUCUUCCCCCGUGUCCACUUCCACCGUGUCCACUUCCACUGUCGCUACCACAAUCAGCUCCACCACUGAAGACCUCCGCCGGCGCAAGCGGGCGCUGUUCUUCCUGCCGAACGCGAUUGCUGAUGAGAACCAGUUGCUGUCCGGUGCGGAAUCCCAGCAAGCGGAAGUUCGAGUAGCAUUCGGUGAGGGUCAGGGUGACCAGCAGGCGGCGGCGAGCGAGGACCAGCAGACUGCCGCGCAAACCAACUCCGCCAGCAUCGACGAGAUCACCCUCGACGACGCUGACAACAGCGAAGAGAAUAGAAAUAAAAGAUUCCUGAGCUUCGGAGCACAAGGAGGCGCCUCCGGCGGCGGUUCCGGAAACUUCCUUUUCGAUAUUGUUAGACUGGUGGCCGGUUCAUCGUCGGGGUCAUCGUCCGGUGACGCGGCGGCGCCGGCUGACGGCGACGACGCCAGCGCUCCCAAAGGAGACAACCUCACGGAGGGCGUGCCCGGCCCCAUCACCCGGCUGUUCAUCAUCGCCAACCGCGGGAUCGCCAACCUCAUCCAAGACCUCAUCCUCCGCAUAGCGCAGACCUCCGAGAGAAUAGUCAACUUCAAGGCGCGACUCAUCACCUCCAUCAUUUAAUGAGCUAAUGUUUAGUAAAAUAUAGAGCAGCUUGGAGUAACGCUGGAGCUUAACACACAUUUUUCCUGAAUAACUACUACCAAAAGACGUCAUUUUGUACGUUAAUCGUAACCAGUGACAUAUUUCAUGCCGCCUUCUCAGAUCGUGUCUUGUCGUGAGCGAACUAUCAUGUUAUUUUAUUUACAAUUUAUUUAUUGCAUCAUGCAUCGGUCCAUACAAUUCGACUCUAAGUUAAGGGUAUUUCAUUGCCCAAGUGAUAUUUUUACCCAGUAAGCUAUCUCCGGUGGUAUUUCAGGUUACUUGGACAGUAUCCUAGGGUAGGUAGUAGGGUAGUAUAGUGUUCCCCGCGGGGCGCGUGCGACGUCGGGGCCGCGCGGCCCGCGGGCCGCCCGGCGCCGGCGCCGAAUUGCUCAAAAGCUUUUUUUUACAAUGUGACAAUUUCUAAAUCGUUUUUAUGUUUGUAAAUAUGUAUUAUAGCGGAAUUUGUA